GUUGGUGGCGUGGGUUCCCGAGUGCGGAGCCGCGCCGCGGGCCGUGGCCCUUCCCGAGGCUGCCCGCCGCCAUGGCGCUCCGCUGCUUGCUGCUGUGGGGCCGGGGCGGUUGCCGGCCUCGCGGGCUCGCGCCCUUGCUCUUGCCCGGCAGCGGCGCGGGCCGGGUCGGGCAGCACAGCCUGCGCAUGCUCUAUCAAUGUGCUACAGCGCGAGUGACAGCCACCAGAAGGUCUCUUCUGACAGACAUGAUUGCUGUGUAUCGCAGGUUCUGUUCCCGACCUCCCAAAGGAUUUGAAAAAUACUUUCCUAAUGGAAAAAAUGGAAAAAAAGCUAGUGAACCUAAAGAAGUUACAGGAGAAAAAAAAGCAGAACCAAAACCAGCGAGUGCCCCACGGUCUUCUGGGGGAGCAAGUAGCGGUGGAGGAAAACGCCAGGGCAAGAAGGAUGAUUCCCACUGGUGGUCCAGGUUCCAGAAGGGUGACUUCCCGUGGGACGACAAGGACUUCAGGUUGUACUUCCUCUGGACUGCCCUGUUUUGGGGUGGAGUCAUGCUGUACAUCCUGUUCAAGCGCUCCGGGAGAGAAAUCACUUGGAAGGACUUUGUCAAUAACUAUCUCUCCAAAGGCGUAGUAGACAGACUGGAAGUCGUCAACAAGCGUUUUGUUCGAGUGACUUUCAUACCAGGAAAGACUCCAGUUGAUGGGCAAUAUGUCUGGUUUAAUAUUGGCAGUGUAGACGCCUUUGAGCGGAAUCUGGAAACUUUACAGCAAGAGCUGGGCAUAGAAGGGGAAGACCGGGUGCCUGUUGUCUACAUUACUGAAAGCGAUGGCUCCUUUCUGCUGAGCAUGCUGCCCACUGUCCUCAUCAUCACCUUUCUGCUCUACACCAUUCGGAGGGGCCCUGCCGGCAUCGGCCGGGGCGGCCGGGGCGUGGGCGGGCUCUUCAGCGUCGGGGAGACCACGGCCAAGGUCCUGAAGGACGAGAUAGACGUCAAGUUCAAGGACGUGGCUGGCUGUGAGGAGGCCAAGCUGGAGAUCAUGGAGUUCGUGAACUUCUUGAAAAACCCAAAGCAGUACGAAGACCUAGGAGCCAAAAUCCCAAAGGGUGCCAUUCUCACGGGUCCUCCCGGCACCGGGAAGACACUGCUGGCCAAGGCCACGGCUGGAGAGGCCAACGUCCCCUUCAUCACCGUCAGCGGAUCCGAGUUCCUGGAGAUGUUUGUUGGUGUGGGCCCAGCGCGGGUUCGAGACUUGUUUUCCCUUGCCCGGAAGCACGCCCCUUGCAUCCUGUUCAUUGACGAGAUCGACGCAGUGGGCAGGAGGAGGGGCCGUGGCAACUUCGGGGGGCAGAGCGAGCAGGAGAACACGCUGAACCAGCUGCUGGUGGAGAUGGACGGUUUUAACACGACAACAAACGUGGUCAUCUUGGCGGGCACCAACCGGCCGGACAUUCUGGACCCGGCGCUGCUGCGGCCCGGCCGCUUCGACCGGCAGAUCUUCAUUGGACCCCCAGACAUAAAAGGAAGAGCCUCCAUUUUCAAAGUUCACCUCCGGCCUCUGAAGCUGGAUGUUGCCCUGGAGAAGGAGAAGCUGGCCCGGAAGCUGGCGUCUCUGACCCCGGGGUUUUCAGGAGCUGAUGUGGCCAAUGUGUGUAAUGAGGCUGCCUUGAUCGCUGCACGACACCUUUCAGACUCCAUAAAUGAGAAGCACUUUGAGCAAGCCAUCGAACGAGUGAUUGGCGGCUUGGAGAAGAAAACCCAGGUCCUGCAGCCCGAGGAGAAGAAGACAGUGGCGUACCAUGAAGCAGGCCAUGCGGUCGCUGGCUGGUACCUGGAGCAUGCAGACCCUCUGCUAAAGGUGUCCAUCAUCCCCCGUGGCAAAGGGCUUGGCUACGCCCAGUACCUGCCGAAGGAGCAGUACCUGUACACCAGGGAGCAGCUCCUAGACCGGAUGUGCAUGACCCUGGGCGGCCGGGUCUCUGAGGAGAUCUUCUUUGGGAGGAUCACCACCGGUGCCCAGGACGACCUGCGGAAGGUCACACAGAGUGCCUAUGCCCAGAUUGUGCAGUUCGGCAUGAAUGAGAAGGUCGGGCAGAUCUCCUUUGACCUCCCGCGCCAGGGCGACAUGGUGCUGGAGAAGCCGUACAGCGAGGCCACCGCCAGGCUCAUUGACGACGAGGUGCGGAUCCUGAUCAGUGAGGCCUACAAGAGAACUGUGGCUCUUCUCACGGAGAAGAAGGCCGACGUGGAGAAGGUUGCGCUUCUGUUGUUAGAGAAAGAAGUUUUAGAUAAGAACGACAUGGUUACGCUUCUGGGCCCCAGACCAUUUGCAGAAAAAUCCACGUAUGAAGAGUUCGUGGAGGGCACGGGCAGCUUGGAUGAGGACACCUCGCUGCCAGAGGGCCUGAAGGACUGGAACAAAGAGCGGGAGAAGGAGGAGAAGGAGCCCCCAGACCAGAAAGGUGCCAGCCAGAUGCAGACAGUCCGUGGCGGCCGCUGUUGUCUGCCUGCGGUGUCAGCAUGACACUGCAGCUCUGGCUGGCGGGAGGGCAGUCCGGCUGCUGCUGACCCGCCUCUCUCCGGAGUCACGCCCGGGGCCAGUGAUUCCAGGACCCCAGUGUGGAGCGUGGGCUGGCGCUGUCCUGCCGAGGCAUCUGGGAGCAGCAGGGCGGCUGGCCGUGGAGGAGUGGUUUCUCCCCACCUCCGCUCUUCAUUCCUAGUUCUCUUCAGUUUCUCUCUGCAGAUGGGCUGUGGAAUUAAAUUGGAGUCCUGAUGAGAACAUUUUGAUUUAAUUUAAUGUUUUACUGUUUCAAUGAACGGUUUUCUAUAGAGAGCUGUAACAUACUUGAAAAUGUGAAUGUAUUGUGUAAAUAUGGCUUCUUUACAUCAGAAAUAAAUGUGAACACUGUA